AGAGAAUUGUGCACAAAUGACUUAUUUUGCCCUUCUUUCCGACCUCAACAACAACCAAAACAACAACAACCACGACCAUGCGUGUGCUCGCUGCUGUGUUCGUGCUCGCCCUUGCCUGCGUGGCAGGCACCUCUGCUGCCCCAGCCGCCCCCGUCCCCGUGGAGGGAAGCGGCACCGAGUGCCUCAUCUGCCAGUUCCUCGUCAAGGAGCUCGACCAGUACCUGACGUCGCCUGCGACCGUGUCCAAGAUUGUGGGCUACAUCGAGGACGUGUGCCACCUCGUGCCUUCCUCGGACCGCGACGCGUGCAAGUCCUUUGUGGACCAGUAUGGCCAGCAGCUCGUUGAUUGGAUUGCCUCUGAGCUCAGCUCCAACGAGAUUUGCGACAACAUCCUCAAGCUCGGCUGCUCCACCUCCGAUGCCCUGAAGGUCGCCGUGCAGGCGUCUGCCCAGCGGUUUGUUGAGGCCAAGCUCGGCAGCACCUGCGACAUCUGCAAGACGGUCAUCUCUGCGCUGCAGCAGGCCCUGAGUGAUCCCCAGACCGAGAAGGACAUUGUCCAGGCUAUCACCUCCGUGUGCAGCGGGCUUGGUGCGCUGAAGAACAUCUGCGUGGACCUUGUCGACGACUGGGCCCCCGAUGUCAUCAACUGGCUCGACGAAAAGCUGGACCCAAACGCCGUCUGCAAGGACAUUCACGUCUGCUCCGUUGCGAUGAAAGUCAACGGUGACCUCCUUGGCGCAAAGCGCUGCACAUUCGGCCCAAGCUACUGGUGCCAGAGCGAGGACACGGCUAUUGAAUGCGGCGCCCUCGAGCACUGCCGCACCAAGGUGUGGUCCCAGCAGGAGUAAGGGCCCCUCCUUACGCUCCCCCCCCCACCGGCCCUUCCUCCACACGACACAACACAACACCACAUUUACCACGUUCUUCCCCGCCCAGUGUCAUUGCCCUCCCUGAUUCCGCCCACACGCACGCGCACGCGCUCUCGAGAGUGAUACGCGUGUUUGUAUGUUGCUGUGUAGUCUGUUGCUUCGUGUCAUCCACAUGUCUGUGUGUGUGUCGUCACCUUCAGCGUCACUGUGCCCCACACGCUUGUAAUCCCAUAUUCCCGCUUGUUUGUUUGUGUUGCGAAGCAUUCCGCUGUCCUGUUGGGUGCUCAUUCUUCGUUUGUUCCAACUGCAACAACUACAACGACAACCGCCACCACAACUACUAUUACUGUAACCACUUCUGUACAACAACUCCAACCACAGCCGCAGCCACAACCGUCAUGGUCACAUAUGUUCAAAGUAUUCGGGGAGGGGUGGAAACAAGGACAGCAAUUCCCAUGGUGACAUUGCGAUGUAACACAUCCCAUACACCGCUG